GUUUUAUAUACUCUGUGAUAGUACUAUCUUAAAUCGUGCUACCUGUAUGAUUUUUAUCUCUGAAUAUCCAGAUAAUCUGAUAAUAUUAUAGUGAACGAGUGGCGGUUUUAGAUUGAAAUUGCAAUAACAAUUAAAAAUUCAAUAUCGCAAAAACAUUUUAAAAAUGAAUAAUGUCAAACAAACUGAACAGGUUAAAGCCAUAGUGUUGGAAGGUUAUGGCGGGUAUGAUAAAAUAAAAAUUAGAUGUUGGCCACUUGAAUUUUUAGGAUCAACAAGUGUAUGUGUCAAAGUUCAAUUAUGCGGUGUCAACUUUAGUGAUAUAUAUACUAGACAAGGUUUUCUACGUCAAUUAAAAACCCCCCGUGUGCUUGGAGCAGAAUGUUAUGGUACAGUAGAAACUAUUGGCAAUGAAGUGAAAAAUUUUCAAUGUGGAGACCGAGUAGUAUGUUAUGUUUGGACAGGAGGACUGUUUGGAGAAAAGGUUAUAGUGCCAGCAAAUAAUUGUUUUUUAGUUCCAGAGAGUGUUAGUGGUCAAGACGCAGUUGCUCUACCUGCCAAUUAUUUGACUGCGUACUUGAGUAUUUUUACCAUGGGCAAUAUACAACCCGGAGAUACUGUUCUUAUACAUUCAAUUGCAGGAGGUGUUGGGUGUGCUGCUACUCAAUUGGCAAAUACUGUAAGGGAUACAGUUGUUGUUGGAACUGCUUCUGCAUCUAAACAUAAACAAUUAAAAGCAAAUGGAGUUUCACAUGUGUUACAUCAUGAAAACUAUGAGACACUGGCUAAAAAUGUAUCACCAGAGGGUUAUGAUUUAAUUAUAGAUAGUAUUGGUGGACCAAAUAUUGAGAUCAGUCAAACAUUACUUAAGCCUUGUGGUCGUUUAGUCAUCAUUGGUGGUAGUUGUUAUAUUAAUGGAGAAACAUUAAAGAUUGUAAGAUCACUAUCCAUGAAGUGGCAAACAAAAAAUUUAGUCCCUCAAACAAUGAUAGAACAAAAUAUCACUGUUUGUGGUCUUCAUUUGGGUAUGCUAUUUGAUUCUAAUCCAAAGAAAAUUCAUUAUAUCAUGGAAGAAUUAUUAAAAAUGUUGAAAAAUAAAUUAAUAAAACCGAUGAUUCAUGAGAUCUUACCAUUUGAUGAUGUAAUUGGAGCUCAAACAAUAUUGGCAGAAAGAAUGAAUUUUGGGAAAGUCUUAUUAAAGUUCAAUCAUUAGAAAAAAAAAGAUUUACAAGUUUGUUUGGUGCUGUAAUAUGGUGUCAUAAAUGUGUGUCUUUUCUCCUUAGUGUUUGUCCACUUAUAUUUUAUAUUAUAUCUACUUUAUUUCUCAUAUUAUUGUGCCCUAUAGAUUGUAUAUUUUUUGUAAAAAGCAACUGUUUUUUAUAAAAUUUAUUAGCUGUGGAUAUUUCUUGGUGAUCUAAUUAUUUAUCUGAAUAAUCCAAAUUGUAAUUUUAAAAUUGGAUUAAAUAAUAAAAAUAAAAUCUCUUUAUUUAAAUUUUAAACUAAUUAAUAGAUGUUUUACUUUUAUUUAGAUUAAUAUAUAUAAAAAAAAAUUACAUCUUUCUUUAAAAUGUAAAACAUAAAUACUAAAUCAUAUUUUUAUAUA